AUGGUCAUAACGGCCAGAGUGGGAACCGGCCUCGUCAAACGGAUCCUUGUCGAUACAGGAGCUGAUUCAAAUAUCAUGUUCCGCAACGUUUUUGACGCACUAGGGCUAAAGGACGCCGACCUGACGACUCACCAGCACGGGGUUAUCGGGCUAGGCGACCACUUCAUCAAACCGGACGGAGUCAUUUCCCUACCAAUCUCAGUGGGGCAAAUCCAAGGUCGAAGAUCGGCGAUGGCUGAGUUCGUAAUCCUCCGAGAUUCCACAGCCUACAACAUCAUCUUGGGAAGAAAAACAAUCAAUGAUUUUGAAGCCAUAAUCAACACCAAGCUGCUAGUUAUGAAGUUCGUCACCGAUGAUGGAUCAAUAGGGACCAUAAGAGGAGACCUCGAGACGGCGGUCGCUUGUGACAACGCCAGCCUUUUCCUCAGGAAGAAGUCCAAGGAAGCAUCCGGCGUGUUCCUAGCCGACCUUGACGCCAGAGUGGAGGACAAGCCGAGGCCAGAACCAGAAGGGGACCUCGAGAAGUUUAGAAUCGGUGACGAAGAGGAAAAGUUUACAUUCGUUAACAAGAACCUCCCACGUGAGCUGAAUGAGCCUUUGAUUGAAAUGAUAAGGGCCAACAGGGACUUGUUCGCCUGGACACCAGCCGACAUGCCAGGCAUAGAUCCAAAAAUCAUCUCACAUCACCUAGCCGUCAAAGCGGAAGCACGCCCAGUGGCUCAACGAAGAAGAAAGAUGUCGGCGGAAAGAGCAGAGGAGGUAGCCAAGCAAACGGCCGGCCUCCUAGAAGCAGGCUUCAUACGAGAAGUGGACUACUCGACAUGGCUCUCGAACGUGGUAUUGGAAAUCCUGGCGGCACCUCCCGUUCUCGGGAAGCCAAAGGACGGGGAACCACUAUACCUGUACCUCGCUAUAACAAGCGAAGCCCUAGCCGCAGUUCUGGUACGGGAGGACGGGAAAGCUCAACAGCCAGUCUAUUUCAUAAGCAAGGCCCUGCAGGGGGCAGAAUUAAGAUAUAGCAAGUUGGAGAAGCUAGCCUUAGCACUCCUAACUUCCUCGAGAAGGUUAAAACAGUACUUCCAAAGUCACCAAGUUGUCGUCAGAACGGACCAAGGGAUCCGGCAAGUUCUCCAAAAGCCCGAUCUGGCGGGAAGAAUGAUGACUUGGUCCAUCGAACUCUCCCAAUAUGACAUAUGGUACGAGCCCCGGCAAGCCAUCAAGGCGCAAGCCAUGGCGGACUUUUUAGUUGAAGUAACGGGAGACCCAGGCAAAGACAUGGGAACACGGUGGAAGCUCCAUGUGGACGGAGCCUCCAACCAGACCUUCGGAGGUGCCGGGAUCAUCCUGGAAAGCCCGAUUGGGGUCAUAUACGAGCAGUCGAUUAGAUUCGAGUUUCCCAUCUCGAACAACCAAGCGGAAUACGAAGCCCUCAUAGGAGGCUUAGCUCUAGCGGCAGAGGUCGGCGCGAGAAGGCUGGACAUAUGCAGCGAUUCCCAAGUCGUCACUUCCCAGGUAAACGGUAGCUACCAGGCCAAAGACCCCUUGCUACAAAAGUACUUGGAAAAGGUUAAAAGCUUGAGUCAAAAGUUCGAAGAGAUCACGGUCCAUCACGUACCCAGAGAAAGAAACACACGGGCAGACCUCCUAUCAAAGUUGGCCAGCACAAAGCCAGGGGAGAGCAACCGGUCUCUCAUCCAAGGCAUGACAAGAGAACCAGCAAUCACACUGCACGUAACGAGCCUAGGUCCUUCAUGGCUAGACCCCAUCAUCAACUUCCUAGAACACGGCCAAGUCCCUGGUGAUGAAAAAGAUGCGGCGAAGUUAAGGAGAGAAGCGGCCAAAUACGCCGUCAUCCAAGGACAGCUAUUCAAGAAAGGGCUCAACCAACCCCUACUGAAGUGCCUACGCCCCGACCAGACGGACUACGUCCUCAGGGAAGUCCAUGAGGGCUGCUGUGGGCACCACAUCGGAGGCAAAGCCCUAGCAAGGAAAUUAAUCCGAGCUGGAUACUACUGGCCGUCGAUGAUGGCAGAUUCCAAAGAGUUUGUCAAAAGGUGUGUAAAGUGCCAGCAGAACGCUAACUUUGCCAGGGCGCCGGCCUCAGAGCUAAGCUUGCUAACGGCCUCCCGGCCAUUUGCUCAGUGGGGAGUCGACCUCUUAGGACCCUUCCCGGUCGGCCCCGGGCAGGUUAUAACACGAUUUGGGAUACCGAAAGUCGUCAUCUCGGACAAUGGUACACAGUUUACUGACAAAAAGUUCACAGAAUUUCUCAGCGGCCUGGGUGUUAGGCAAAGGUUCUCUUCGGUAGAACACCCUCAGACAAACGGACAAGUAGAGUCCGCCAACAAAGUUAUCCUUUCAGGGCUAAAAAAGAGGUUGGACAACAAAAAGGGUGCUUGGGCCGACGAGCUAGCAUCGGUCCUCUGGUCUUACCGAACAACCGAGCAAUCCUCCACCAAGGAAACUCCCUUCCGACUAACGUACGGGGUAGAUGCAGUAAUACCCGUAGAAAUCGGUGAACCGAGUCCGCGGUUGCUUUUGAAAGGAGUAGAGGAAACCGUGGAGAAGGACCUGAUAGAUGAAGCUCGGGCAAUGGCCCAUUUGACAGAAACGGCACUGAAGCAAAGAAUGGCUCUGCGCUACAACACCAAAGUGCUCAAAAGGGAGUUCGAGCCAAACGACAUCGUCUUAAGGCGAAAUGAUAUCGGCCUGCCGACCCCUGGAGAGGGCAAGCUAGCGGCAAACUGGGAAGGCCCCUACAGAGUCAAAAAGGUGAUGGGGAAAGGGGCCUUUAAGUUAGAAAAGCUUGAUGGCAAGGAGGUCCCGAGGACAUGGAACGCGGACAACCUUAGAAGAUUCUACUCCUAA